UCAUAACUGCAGCUAACAUAGUGCGUGAGAUUCAUAACUGCAGCGGCGAUGUAAGUGAAAGCGAGACCGAUAACAGCGUCUACGAUUGUCUUGUAAAAUUGAUGUUAUCAGCAAUUGCGAUGAUUCAUGGAGACUUAACCGCUGCUAAUAAUCUUCUUCAAGAACACAAGCCAGCCUUCUUUAUUUAUUUGGUGGCUCAAAUUUGCCACAAGAUUGCAAACAAGGCACCCAGACCCAACACCCUAACUACUAUUCUGUUCCAAGGUUCAGGUUUCAUAGCUUUUGAAACACUCUUGUGGAUCUUCAUGGCUGGUCAAUUUCUAGGGUUCUUCAUCAUCAAUGUGCCUAUAUCAUUGGUUACAUUGCUCUGCUACUAUGACUCCAUCUAUGCACUUGUCACCAUGUGUUUUGGCGAGAUGUUUGGCUUCAUGGUACAGCAAGUUGAAGAUGGAAAUUAAAGCAAAUCAGAUUCACUCUCUUUCAAAGUACCUCAUAGUUUUCCAUGCUUCAGAAGCCAUUAAAGGCAUUGAACCGAUGACCACUCCAACCAUGGAGAAAUCAGAAAUAAAACUUUACAUAUGUUGGUUGUUCACUUUAUAUAUGCUGUGUUUUAUAUUCGUAUCAUCUUUCUUACUAUAUAUUCUUUUCAAAUUGGGUUUUUUUCCCAACAAAACUAGACAUAAGAGUACAAUAAGACUAGACCUAAGUGAAGAGUAUGAUUAGUGUCAGAAUCUUUGCUGAUGACAGUUGGCAGUAGGCACUAACUGUUGCUAACAGACAUGGUAACUACCUAAGGGUCAAAAGACUAGUAUAGCAAGCCAUCCACCUUCUAUAUAUAUGUAUAUCAUGAUAAGUGAUCUA